UUAGUGAAUCUUAUUGCGAAAUUGUAAUCUAAGCAAAUUGUAUUCAUAUUUCAAGAGCUGUUUGGUGAAGUUUUGAAUAAUUUAAUGAGAAGAAAGGAAGGCAGAACGAAAAAUCAAUAAACAACCAGCACUUCGUUGUUGUUUGGAUUCAAAUACAUAUAUUUUGCGUUCAACACUCAAAGGCCGUUCUUUAUAAAGCAAAGAGAGCGAACAAAGUGUGGUUCGCCCACCGCAAGAUUUUCAUCUAAGUUUGUUUAUGGUGAAUACAAAAGUUUACAUUAGAAGAAGCGCUAUUAAUUACUCACUAAUUAUCAUCCAGAUGUUGUAGCAUUUAUUGGAAGGGAAAGAAUCUUAUUCAGAUAGCAAAGUGAAAAUCUAAACUAAUAGUUUUAUGCUAACUUGUGAAUGUGUGUGUCUUGUUACUUAGUGCAAGAAUAAAAAGCCAUAAUAGAAUCAACUGAAAGAGUUAUAAGAAGUUUUUUUUUCUUUCUUUAUCGGCAAAGUGAAGAAAAUUACGUUAAAGAUAUUCGAGUUCACAACGAAAGAGAAAAAUCGAUAAACAGAAAUUCUUUCCGUAAAAUAAAAUCAGUUCUCAUUGUUGGAUUAAAUUCCCUCGUGCGCUUACAAUUAACGAGCUAAAGGAGUUGAUUUUGUUGGAAUAUUUGAGGAAAUCAUUUAAUUUUUGGAAUAUUAAACGAAACGAGAACAAAACGUGUUUCUAAGGAAGCUGCAAGAGAACAGGAAGUUUAAGAAGUAAAUAAGAAGAGAAAAAAGGUGGUAGGAAAAGUAAAGCAAGAAAUUAUAAACCAGCGACCCGCAAAAAAUGCAAUGGUCAUGCUGAAGAUGCGUUAGCAGGAGAGCAAUGGGAAAAGAGGCAUGGGCGUGUGGAACCCUGGGGCUUUCCGGUGGUGUCAGGCAUUAAGCCGGUCGCAAUCGAUAACAACCGUUCUGUUAAGCGCUUAUAAUAAAUUGUUUGUUUUACUUUUGAUACUCUUGAAUACGAGUGGAAAUUCAAUCCAACCAGGUCAAGAUGCCGUACACAUUACAGCGAUACUCGGCGAGAGUGUCAUCUUCAACUGUCACGUUGAGUUCCCAGGUGACCAUCCCGUUCCCUAUGUGCUGCAAUGGGAGAAGAAGGUGAGCGAAACGGGACAGGAAACACCGAUCUAUAUAUGGUAUGAGAGUUAUCCGACACAUAGCGGAGAAGGCUACGAGGGACGCGUUUCUCGUGUCUCUCCCGACUCGCCUUUCGGCGCUGCGUCAUUAAAUUUAACCAACAUAAGAGAAACGGAUCAGGGGUGGUACGAAUGUAAAGUUGUUUUCCUCAAUCGAUCACCAAAUCAGCAUAAAAAUGGUUCAUGGUUCCAUUUGGACGUCCAUGCGCCUCCAAGAUUCAGUGUUACACCCGAGGAUAUUAUCUACGUUAAUUUAGGUGAUUCAAUUAUAUUAAACUGCCAAGCGGAUGGCACACCAACACCCGAAAUAUUGUGGUACAAAGAUGCCAAUCCUGUGGAACCUUCAUCUACUGUCGGGAUUUUCAAUGAUGGAACAGAAUUACGAAUUUCAACGAUACGCCAUGACGACAUUGGCGAUUAUACGUGCAUAGCACGAAAUGGCGAGGGACAAGUUUCUCAUACAGCACGUGUAAUUAUUGCGGGUGGCGCUGUAAUUAUGGUUCCGCCUAUUAAUCAAACGAAAUUAGAAGGUGAAAAGGUACAAUUUACAUGUGAAGCUAAAGCAAUGCCUGGUAAUGUAACCGUAAGAUGGUUCCGAGAAGGUUCACCUGUACGUGAGGUGGCAUCACUUGAAACACGCGUACUUAUACGCAAAGACGGCACAUUGACAAUAAAUCCAGUCAGUGCUGAUGACUCAGGCACUUAUACUUGUGAAGUAUCUAACGGAAUUGGCGAUGCACAAAGUGCUGAUCCCGCCAAAGUGACCUUUACACCUACAAUACAAUAUUUACCAUUUCGCUUAGCUGGUGUCGUUCAAUGCUACAUCAAAGCUAAUCCACCACUGCAAUAUGUUACGUGGACAAAAGAUAAACGCUUAUUGGAACCAUAUCAGACAAAAGACAUUGUCAUUAUGAACAAUGGUUCGUUACUGUUUACUCGUGUUAAUCAAAAUCAUCAGGGUCGUUACACAUGCACUCCCUACAAUGCGCAAGGCACACAAGGAUCGUCAGGUCAAAUGGAAGUCCUCGUGCGGAAGCCGCCAUCGUUCAUUGUUGAGCCAGAAACACUUUACCAACGGAAGGUGGGCGAGUCAGUUGAAAUGAAUUGUGAUGCCCUUGAAGCUGAAGGUACAACAAAGCCUACGAUUACAUGGCAACGUCGCGAUGGAACACCUUUGCAAAGAAAUCGCGUGAAAGUGUUAAAUGGAAACAUGACAAUUGAUAAUUUGAGACGUUCCGACUUUGGUUAUUACGAGUGUGUCGCUUCGAAUGAGGUUGCAACGAUAAUCUCAUCAACACAAUUAGUUAUUGAAGGUACACAACCGCACGCUCCUUACAAUCUAACAGCAACUGCCACGGAAUUUUCUGUUACAUUAUCAUGGAUGCCGGGAUACUCGGGUGGUCCCGAUUAUAAACAAGAUUAUACAAUUUGGUAUCGUGAAGCGGGAAUAUCGGAUUGGUCGACAAUUCCUGUAACACCAUCGGGUAGCACACAAGUCACAAUCAAUCGAUUAUCCCCUGGAACAACAUACGAAUUUCAAGUGAUUGGCAAAAAUCCACUCGGUGAUGGGAUGAUGAGUAAAGUUAUGACUAUACGAACAUUGGAUGUUGGACGGCCCCAACUGCCCAAACCUACGGUGCCAAGUCCAGUUACAUCUGCACCCACUCCGUCUGAUCCAUCUAAAUUUCCGGAAGGUCCGAUUGUGGAGGGACCGAAACCAGGACCACCUCGUAACUUGACAGUGACUGAAAUCCCCAAUGGUUUUCUCAUCUCGUGGCAAGUUCCACUCGAGCGUGCACAUUUAGUUCAAUUCUAUACGAUAAAAUAUCGCACUGAUGCCCAGUGGAAGACGCUUAAUCGUGGUCAAAUACGACCUGAAGAGACAUCCUAUCUAGUGAAGAAUUUAGUUGGUGGUCGAACUUAUUAUUUUCGCGUCUUAGCCAAUUCCGUUAAAAGUUAUGAGUCAAGUGAUGAAGUGAAGUUUCCAGUUCCAGCACGAGUCAAGCAUAAAGCAAUAACAGCCGGCGUUGUUGGCGGUAUACUAUUCUUUAUCGUUGCCAUUAUUUUAUCAAUUUGCGCAGUUAAAAUAUGCAAUAAACGUAAACGAAGAAAACAAGAGAAAGAACUCAACAUGGUAACCGCUCGAUUAACAGAUAUUCGUAAUGCUGGCUAUUCAAGUUCCGGUGCAAAAAGAAGUGAAGUGCCUUUAAAAAGAUAUAAACCAAGUAAAUAUUCGGGAAUAAACAUUUUAGUGGCAAUCAUGCAUUGGAUCUGGCCACCAGGACGUUGUCAAAAUUGCCAAUCAAUCUAUUCUAGUUCUUUGACUGAUGAUAUUCCCAACAUUAAACAAAUUCGUCGUUCUAAUGACGGACGCUUUGUGUUGAAUGAAGACGUUGUCGAUGGCAUUUUAGUUGAAUCGAAACGAAACAGCAUUGGAUCCCAAUAUAGUAGCAGUGACGAUGGAGGUUUUCUUCCAAAAAGAAAUCGAAUUCCGUGUCCGACAUGGCGUCGUCCGCUUGUUCAAUGGCCAAGUCAAUUGAGCUUUCGUUCCGAUGGUCAAAGCUCAAAUCGUUGGAUUGGUCUUGGUAAAAAUUUACUUCAAACAAUUCCUCAACUUCAUCGUGUGACUUCGCCGAAUUAUCAGAACUCAGUUCCACUUACGGAAAAUCUUCACAUCAACACGAUAAGUUCUUACGUACCUGCUCCGAUGAUCUCAAGUAAUAUUAACACACCUUCACGGUUAAGUCGAAUUCACGCAAGCUCGCCAGCAACGUCAAGUCCUUUAGUGAAUUCAAUUUGGUCUCCACUUUAUUUUAGUGAUCUCAGUUCUGUUCAUCCUUCAUCAGCAGAAAGAUCUUUUCCAAGUCAUCGAUCACAAGUCGUUGGUGGUGGUGUUUUCUCACCAAACACUUACAGAUCUGUUCGUAACAGUCGGAAUCCUCGUUAUAUUAACGAGUUGCCGGCACUUGGAACAUUAUAUGAUGAAACACGAAGGAUGGCGCGGGGGUUCAUUCCAGUACAAAUUCCAUCGCCGCCUGUAAGAAGCUAUUAUGCUAACAUUGGACCUCAUCUUCAUAAGCCACCAAUAGCAAGCUAUAGAUCAGGUCGUUCUCGAACUUUCCCUCGAUCUUAUAAUCGAAUGCUUCGAGCACCACCUGAACUUGCUUCACCAAUGCUUAAUCUCAAUUUGAACAUUCUGGAGCAGUCGCCAGAAAGUCAAUCGAGUUCAAGUGGCUUUGGAAGUAAAAAUACAUCAUCGCAACAAAAUCAAAGUUCACAGUCUGGUGGAACUGCAAAUGAUUGGCGUCUACCGCCUUAUCGCUCUCCACCUCAACCUUCAGUUUCGAGACAAAGUCAACAUCAUCAUCAACAGCAACAACAGCAAUUGAAUAAUGACAGUUCAUCGCCAUAUUCAAUGUCACAAUGGUUUGAAUUAAUGCAACGUUUGAAUUUGGCUUCAACAAGUGAAUUUAAAGCAGUUGAUGUUGGAAGUGUUGAUGGUCAUUAUGAGUUUGAUCCAUCAACGCCAACGCCAACUGCUUCAACACCAACUGGUCGCGAUGAUUUCAUUCAACAUCAACAGCAACAACAAUUACAACUUCAACAUGCACAUGAUUUAUUCGGCACAUUAAGAACGAAACGUUUUCCUUAUCAUCAUCAACAGCCUCGUUACGAUCAAUCAACAAUCGAUGCCAGAGUACAAGCAAUGAAAGAAGAAUUUUAUGCGUACCGUAAACGACAAGCAAUCAAACGUGCUGGAACUGUUUUAGAAAGUGCAUGCUAA